ACAAACCACCCAAUACCGUAAACCAAAGAAGAUCCAGAAACUGAUAUCAUAGAAAAAAACAGACUCUGUAUCUCUCUUCCUCUGUCCACCAUUACUGAUCUGUUGCUCUCUUCCCAUGGAAACCUUACUUUCCUCUCACUCUCUAUCUCCUCUCUUUAACCCAAAAUCUUCCUUCGCAAAAACCCAUUUGCCACCUCAACUCCAAUCAAGACCAAACUCACUCUCUCUUUCUAAAACCAUCACUUGUAGCUUAAAGAAACAAAAUCCACAAUCUUGCACACCAUUUUUGCAAAUACCAAGGAAUUGGGUCACUCAUGCCCAACAAGGACUCACAGCUUUAGCUAUCUCUUUGGCACUUAACUUUAGCCCACUAUUGUACACUGGCAAUGGACUAGCAUCUGAAUUUGAUGUCAUCAAUGAAGGCCCACCAAAGGACUCCUACGUUGUUGAUGAUGCCGGUGUGCUUAGUAAAGUGACUAAAUCUGAUUUGAAGCAGCUUUUAUCGGACCUGGAGGCUAGAAAGAAUUUCAAGAUUAAUUUCGUCACUGUCAGAAAGCUUACUAGCAAAGCUGAUGCUUUUGAGUAUGCUGACCAAAUUCUAGAGAAAUGGUAUCCAACUGUUGAAGAGGGAAACAAUAAGGGAAUUGUUGUUCUUGUAACUAGUCAAAAGGAAGGAGCAGUAACAGGAGGCCCUGCAUUUGUCCAAGCUGUUGGAGAAAGUGUUCUUGACUCCACUGUCUCAGAGAAUCUGCCUGUAUUGGCAACAGAAGAGAAGUACAAUGAAGCAGUGGUUACUAGUGCUAAAAGGUUAGCCGCUGCCAUUGAUGGGCUUCCUGAUCCUGGUGGCCCUAAGUUCAUGGACAAUAAGCGAGAAUCUAACUUCAAAACCAGGGAAGAGACAGAAGAGAAGAGGGGACAAUUCGCUCUAGUGGUUGGAGGUCUAUUGGUGAUUGCUUUUGUGGUUCCGAUGGCACAAUACUAUGCUUAUGUUUCCAGGAAAUAGUUUUUUGCAGAGAGCAUGAAGCUGCAGAUUAAAAAGUUUAGCAGCUUGAUUAUGCCCACUGACACAUCCAAGGUCAUCAAGCUUUGAUGGAUCAGUUCCGAAUUUGGCAACAUUUUGAGGCAAGCAUCCAAGAGGACCUGUGUUGUGUAUCCAAAACUUUCUUGCUCCUUGAUCAUAUAAUUUCUGCAGCAAGAAAAGGCAAAGCCAACUAAAUAUCAAACAGUUGAGAAUUUGAUGUUUUCUUCCUUCCAAUAUAAGACACUAAUUAAAGAGAAGAUAUUAAGUGUUAAUGAAGCAAACCUUGAUUCCAGCUUCAAA